AUGAAGUUCACUUCGGCCGUCACUACCCUCGUCGUUGCCUUCGCUGCCGGCUCCACCACCGCCGACAUUGUGCCAGGCAACCCCGCUGGCGGCUGGUUCAAGCGCAGUUGCAAGGACUACAAAUUAACCACGCGUUCAAAAGGGGGUCCUGGCAAUGGAGAACUUGUAUCCCUUGAAGCGUCAUGCCGAGCCCUAGAUGGCAGUUACAAGGACAACCGGCUCGAUCUCACAAUCUGCAUUGGCAACUUCGAUGGCCAAAUGGGAUGGCGAAAGCUGGGCUUCUUCGACGACGAAUGCGGAUACUGCAAGAUCGUCAACCAGGAGAAGGAUCAGUACGACAUGGAAUGCCUGUGCAAGUCAGUCAGUCAGUUUAAGGAUCCGAAGAGCACUAUCAAUCUCAACGGCCGCAUUCGUAACGAGGACGGCAUUCUCUGGUGUGGCUACCUUUCAAGCGAAUACCAGCCACCUGCGUAA